AUGUCUCAACCUGACGCAGUUACAACGCGCAUGGGGACUCGACCUAAGAACGCAACUCAGCAUCCCGGGCGCAUUUUAAUCAAUAGUCGUGGAAAGAAGCGUACCACUGCUGAGAAGGCCGCUGACGACCAACGUGAAAGGGAGGCAAAGGAGGCAAGUGAAAAAGCUGUACAAGAAAGUUAUCAGUGUAUUGCUACUUUGCAGGCACAGAUGCAGGCUGACCAAGAUGCUAUGCGUGUUGACGCACCUAAGCCUAAGCGUCCUCGUGCACGCCCGGUGGGGAAGGCUGCAAAGGACUUGAAGACCUCCGACUCGACUAUGGAUGAUAGGCAGGCAGGAGCAAAAAUCGUCGCCGAUAAGCCUCUUGUCACCAGAGGCAGGGGUCGCGUGGGUGGAGCUAAAAGGUUAGCAGCUGAUGCUAGCGUCGAAAAUCCUGCAAGUGAGGAUGAGGAUGGGGAGCCGGUCCAAACCAAAAAGAAGAAGAAACUGGCAGUGAGAGAAGCAAUUCAAGCAGUAUUAAACGCUGGCAUCGUUAUCGACUCAACAAAGGCACGUGAUGGAGAAGUUCAGAAGACGUCUGAUGUUAACUAUGAUGAUGCUUCUUUUGGAUUCCACACACGGUUGAAGCUGAUGGGCCUGUCCUUGCCGUUGUACACCCUCCAGCGGCUGUCAGAGUGGCGCAAUACCUUUAGCAAUGUGGCUCUCGCCAUGCUCGCCAACUUCAUGACCUCACAAGAUGACCUCAAGACUGACGAGGACCGCAAAGAUUUUGCAUCGGCCUUACUCGACAAGUUCACCUUUUUAUUUGGGGACAUCGCGGAGGACGGAGAGGUCUCCAACCCGUUCCAGUCUGACCUUAUUGUACAGGUUCUCGUGCAGCACAAGUGUGCCACGUCCGGCGCUGUCAACCUGCCGGGAACGAACGAUACAGUGCCGGGGCACUCGAAGGGCGCUCUUAGUCUUGCCACGGCAGCAGCACGUAUGGAACGCACCAUCAGGCUUUUCGUCAAUGGACACAUGCUCCUAGGAGACAUCGACACCUCUGGCAAUGGCAACCAGAGCAGUGUCCCCUUGGCAUUUUCAGAAGCCAAUUGGGGUGCGCACACGAGGGCUUACAUGGCGUCUAUCACACGCUUGCCAGACUCGGUCCUUAUCCGAAACUCUGAGCUUGCGCAGAGCCUCGCCACGAAGAGGCGUGGCGGCGCGCGGAUGGAUGUGGACGAAGAAUCUGGGGAUGAGCGAGCGUUCAUUUUCUAG